UUUCCCCUGAUGUCCCUGUUCUUUUCAGUUUCCCGACUCGUAGUCUAUAGUCCUCACAAAACGGUUGCGUUGAUUUGAUUCUACAAGUUUAGUCUCAAAACAAAACCGAAUUCGGUUUCAUCUUCGUUUCUUCUCCUUUGAUUUUCGAUCAACCCCUUCUGAAAUCUCAGAGAAAGCCAUUAAAGACCGUCACAAUCAAAUUGGGAGGAGGGUUUGUUUCUCAAGGCGGUGUUGGUAAGGAAAAAGAGCGGAAUUGAAAAUACGAGGGGGGUAAAGAAACCCUAAAUCAUGCUUCUAGGGUUUCGAGUUCCGACCACACCUGCUAUUAGAAUCAGCUGAACGCGAAUUUUAACAUCCGAAGGAGAUGACCGACGACAAUGGAAAACCGGAUAAGGGUAAUCAAUGGCAAUCGCCAAGAACACCGCACCAAGAGAAAGCGGAGGACAUGAAACUCUGGGGAAUUCUUCUUUUCGGUCUGAUCGGUGCCUCUGCUACCACUCUCGCCGUUGGUCAGCUGCGGAGAACUGUUGAUUGGGUAUAUACUCAGUUGAGCAGGACACAAUCAUCAUGGGGUGGAGGAAGUGGGCGUUCUUUCCGGACAUCAUUUCAGGAGGAAGCAUGGAAAAGGUAUAAUCGUAGGCUGCAAGAGGAGUAUGAAGAAGAAAUGGAGAGGGUGGAGCGCAUAAGACGCAUGCAGAAUGUUUUCAACAGAGAGAGGAACAAAUACAAGAGAGGCUACGAAAGCUGGAGAGAAAAUGGUCCUGGUGCGUAUCAUCAACAUCACCAGCGAGAUGAUUGGUAUUGGAAGGCCGAGACGUUCUACAGAGAGCAAAGUAACACUAAUAAUUACAGGGAAACUCCAAGAGACAGACCCAGUUACUUGUUAUCUCAUCAUUAUACAGUUUUGGGUCUCAACAGGUGUCGCAAAACACCUUAUACAGAUGCUGAGAUUAAGACAGCAUUCCAAUCCAAGGCGAAGCAGUUUCAUCCAGAUCAGAACCAGGAUAAUAAAGAAGCUGCUGAGGCCAAGUUCAAAGAGGUGAUGACAUCUUAUGAGGCCAUAAAGUCAGAAAGAAAGAACAACAGUAGAGCAUAAGACUUAACAAAACUGAUAGUUGCCUAUGGUUUGGAGCUCCGGGAACCAUUUUAAUAGUAUGAGAUAUUAUUGGUUUUUUUUUGCUGAAAUUCCCUUCGUUAAUCAUGUAUUUAUUACGAGAAAUUGAGUUUCUUAUAGUACAGCAAAAUAAGAGUGGGUCAUGUAUUAAUAUUUUUUUUCCAAUAGGGGCGUGAUAUCACGCAGGCACGGCAAACAUUUUUCUUUUUGCUUAACACACUAAGGGGUGUUUGAUAAAUGGAUAUGAGUUGAGUUGAGUUGAGUUGGGUGGAUAUUUAUUACCCAUAUUUGUUAAGCCCAUAAAGAAAAUCUAUGGGUUAUUAAAA